AUGCAAAUAAGAAAAAUUGAAGAUAUUAUAGAUAUUCAAAAAGCUAACGGUAAAUUUCGACAAGUUGCUUUCAAAUUACCGUCAAAGACUGAUAGUAGUGUAUCUGCGAGUUUGGCUAAAAGCUUAGAAAGUGGAUUAUCCAAAGUCAAACAAGAACAAGGUAAGAAAAAGAGUAAAAGGUCUAAGAACCAUAAACACUGCAUGUCAGAUGUAAUAUCAUGGCCAAGCGAUUCUGACAUCACCGUGCUAAGAAUGAAGAUAUGCUCCAAAAACGAUAUGAAAGAUAAAAUGGGUAACGUUGCUUUGGGAGAUGGUCUUCAUCAUCCUGAUAGCUCUUCAAUGGUAAAUUUAGCAACACUUAUUUUGCAAUCACAGCCUCCGUCAAAACAUAGCUUGAACGUUGAAGAGUAUUUAUUACCCUUAAGUUCUUGGGAACACGGCAUAGAUCCACAGGUUAGAAAAGUGAGUCUUGGAACGCCAAAUUUUAUAGAAAUGGAUGAAAUCAAAUCUUACAGCUCUAGUCGUAAAGAUGAUCAAUCGCUAAGGGGUAGUGAAUAUAGCACAGAGUCUAGUACAAAAUCUAAAGUGGCCAGAUUUCUACGCCUUUAUUUUUGUCCCUGUUGCUCAUGCUUGUAUAACUUAGAAAAAGUUCCAAAGAAGCAAUCAGUUUAUUUUAGGAAAUAC